AAUAUUUGAGUUAUUGCACAAUGAAGUUGAUGAUAAUACCAAUCAAGAUCCUGCAUAAUCUACCUAGUUUUCUUAACCCCAAAAAAUGUGGAUAUUUGGAAGGAAGGGGGAAUCUGGGUUUGGAGCUUCUUCAACAGCAGAAGAUGUUACUAAAGGAAUCGAUGGUACUGGUCUCACCGCCCUUGUUACAGGAGCUUCAAGCGGUAUCGGGUCAGAGACAGCACGGGUCCUUGCGUUGCAUGGUGUACAUGUGGUUAUGGCCGUAAGAAAUAUAGAAACCGGUGGAAAAGUUAAAGAAACUAUACUUACAGAAACACCCGAUGCUAAAGUCGAUGUGAUGGAGUUAGAUCUCAACUCGCUGGCAUCUGUAAGGAAAUUUGCUGCAGAGUAUCGUUCCUCCGGCCUUCCUUUAAACAUUCUCAUUAACAAUGCAGGGGUGAUGGCUCCUCCGUUCACGCUUUCAAAAGACAAGAUUGAACUACAGUUUGCAACGAAUCAUUUAGGUCAUUUUCUUUUGACGAAUCUUUUACUCGACACCAUGAAGAAUACAUCGCGGGAAAGCAAAAAAGAAGGAAGAAUAGUUAUCGUAUCAUCUGAGGGUCAUCGAAUUACAUAUAAAGGAGGAAUUAACUUUGACAAAAUAAAUGAUGAAUCAAGUUAUAGCUCCAUAUACGCGUAUGGACAGUCGAAGCUGGCCAACGUACUGCAUGCUAAUGAGCUAACGAGGCGUUUUAAGGAAGAAAAGGUGGAGUUAACAGCAAACUCGCUGCAUCCUGGUGCAAUUGCAACCAAUCUUUUACGUCACCACAGCAUUCUCGAAGGGGUGGUUGAUUGGGUGGGCAAAUACUUCUUGAAAACUAUUCCACAGGGGGCGGCAACUACGUGCUAUGUGGCGUUGCACCCACAAGUGAAAGGGGUUAGCGGGGAGUAUUUCGUAGAUAGUAACAUAGGCAGACCGAGUUCUGUUUCUAAAGAUUCGGAAUUGGGGAAGAAACUGCGGGAUUUUAGCCUGGGCAUGGUGGCUCCAUGAUCAGAUUGGCAUAUCUUCAUAUAAUUGUUGUUAUUUUAUGUGUAUUUGUUAUGAAAAGAUUGAAUCAGAUGUAUUUAUUGUUGGUAUACAGAUGAAAUAACUUUGAACCAAGGUUCUAAA